CAGAUUUUUAUUUUUAAUAUAAAUUUUAAUUGUAUUUUUACAUUUAUCUGUUUUCGUGUUAGUAUUAUAUAAAUAAAUUAUUUCCAUUUGUUCUUGAUUACCCAUCUUCCAUCUUCAGCUAUUCCUUGCUUCUCUGCUACCAUCUUCUUUCUUCUUUAGUUGGUAAAAUCGUCAAAAGCAUGGCUCUUUCUGAGGUUAACAAUGAUAGAGGAGAAUUGAGGAUUCUCGAAAAUUUGGAUGAACUAAGGACGGAUUUGGCUGACUAUAUUGCUGAGUUAUCAGAGGCUGCUGUGAAGGAGCGAGGCGUUUUUGCCAUUGCAUUGUCUGGAGGUUCUCUCAUUGACUUAAUGGGAAAACUUUGCGAAGCCCCUUAUAACAAGACGGUAGACUGGGCUAAAUGGUAUAUAUUUUGGGCGGAUGAACGUGUUGUAGCAAAAAACCAUUCUGAUAGUAAUUAUAAGCUUGCAAAAGAUGGCCUUCUUUCAAAGGUGCCCAUUGUUCCUAGCCAUGUUCAUUCUAUCAAUGAUUCAGUUUCUGCAGAGGAAGCUGCUGAUGAGUACAUGUUUGUUAUCCGACAGUUGGUGAAAACACGAAUGGUUAGUGUUUCCGACAUUAGUGACUGCCCCAAGUUUGACCUUAUCCUUCUUGGCAUGGGACCUGAUGGUCACAUUGCCUCACUAUUUCCUAAUCAUUCAGCACUCGAUGAGACUGAUGAAUGGGUAACUUUCAUAAUUGAUUCCCCCAAACCUCCACCUGAGAGGAUAACAUUCACUUUGCCUGUCAUCAAUUCAGCAUCCAAUGUAGCAAUGGUUGUGACAGGUGAGAGCAAAGCAGAGGCGGUGCAUUUGGCAAUAGAUAAUAUCAGACCUGACUGCCCAUCACCGCCUGCUCGGUUAGUCCAACCAACAAAAGGGAAAUUGGUAUGGUUUUUGGACAAGCCAGCUGCAUCGAAACUGGAUGGUCUUCAAUUUUCCGAGUAAGGUCUAGUUUUUUGCUUGCCAAACUGUAUGUUUGUACGUAGUUGGAGGGUUUCAAAACCCGUUGAUCCCUGUCCUCGAUUAGUUCCUGUUCCUUUUUCUUUUAUUCUGGUUUUUUUUCCUUCUCUUUUAUAUUUGAAGUGGGAAGUUUGGAAUCCAUUUUGUAAGGAGAGAGAAAACAAAUAAAAGUUGGAGUCUUAAUGCAAAAGGUUAUUCCUGGUUCAGGUUCCGUUCUUUGCAUGGAUCAAAGUACCAUCUCUCUGUUGUAAAGAUGGAUUAUAUAAAUUAGUAAUUACUUCAGAAA